AUGGCUGAUGAGAACAUUACUUACUCCUUUAGAGAAAAAGAAUGGUUCCUUCCCUUAGCUAAUGUUAGUCGGAUCAUGAAGAAAUCACUUCCAACAACCGCAAAGAUAUCAAAAGAAGCUAAGGAGGCUGUCCAAGAAUGUGUUUCUGAGUUCAUUAGCUUCAUUACAGAUGAAGCCUCUGAUAAGUGUCAGAGAGAGAAGAGAAAGACCAUCAAUGGCGAUGAUCUUCUAUGGGCCAUGACAACUCUUGGGUUUGAAAACUAUGUCAGGCCUUUGCAGGUGUAUCUUAACAAGUAUAGAGAAAUUGAAGGAGAGAGGAACAGUACUGCCAUAGCUAGACAAGGAGACCAUGACAAAGUUGAUAAUUUUAUAUCAAUUAAGGGGGACCUUCAGGGUUUUAAUGGUGGGUUUUGUUCCAUGGAGGCCCAAGUAGUUCCCAAGAACUUUGGGGAUAAAGGGAGGGUCACCAGCAGCCAUGGAAAGAACUCGAAGAUGGGUAGUUUUUAUAUGGGUAUGAGAAUCCAUGAAAAUGGAGGAUUUAGCUAA